AUGCGUUUCUCCCUCUUCCUCUCUGGCCUCGCAGCCGCUGGCUCCGUCGUCUCUGCUGAGCGAUCCUGUGGUGCUGUUCCUCCUCGAGGAUACGACCGCGAAUUCACCGAGGCCUUUGCUUCCCUUGGAGCCAAUGCCAGCUCCGACUUGACCGCAGGAAUCACCAUUGACACCUACUUCCAUGUCCUCACCAGCGGCACCACCGGCAACAUCCCAGACUCCCAGUUGCAGGCCCAGAUCAGUGCCAUGAACCAGCACUACGGACCAGCUGGUGUUCAAUUCAGACUCGUAAGGGCCACCAGGACCAACAACUCCAACUGGGCCAGCGGUCAGGACGAGGCCGGCAUGAAGCGCGCUCUUCACCAGGGAACUUACUCCUCCCUCAACGUCUACUUCAUCCCCAACCUCAGCAGCGGGCUUCUCGGAAUUUGCUACUUCCCCCGCGCUAACCCCAGCCAAACCACCAUCACCAUGGAUGGAUGUAUGGUCCGAUCCGGUACCGUCCCCGGCGGUUCCACCACCAACUACAACCAGGGCAAGACCGCAACCCACGAAGUUGGACAUUUCCUUGGUCUCUACCACGUCUUCAGCGAAAACGGCUCUUGCACUGACGCCGACAUGGUCGCUGACACCCCAGCCCAGUCCAAGAAGACCAGCGGCUGCCCAAGCAGCCAGGAUUCAUGCCCUGGUGGCGGUGUUGAUUCGAUCCAUAACUACAUGGACUACAGCUACGAUGUCUGCAUGAACCAGUUCACCCGCGGACAGGCCACCAGAAUUGCCCAGGCUUGGCAGGCAUUCCGUGCUGGACAUUAG